CUUUAACAUUUGCUCGAAUCUUUACAAAUGUUGAAACAGCUCAAGCUUAUCAAAACUUGUUUGAAGAUUUGUUUGGUUGUAUUGAAAGAGAUACAAAUGAAACCUUUAAUUUUUAUCAUAUUCAUCAAAAAGGAUUGGGUUGUAUAAUUGCAGACCAACAUAAAGGUCAAGCAUUAGCUUGGACAAAGGAUAAGCUAAUACCAUGGGUAUUGUCAGGAAUUUCAGGAGCCUUUACUAAAAUGAAUCAGCUUAUUUGGAAUCAAAUACCAAAUAACACAAAUGUUGGUGAAAGUGCACAUGCUAAUGUAAAUCAUGAUGGACGCAAUCUUUCUUUUCUUGCCGAGGUCAUGACUUUGACAAAAGAUAGUGGGAAA